AAUAAUUCUUUUUCUAACGGAUAGGGAAAUAUAAUUAUUUAAGUGCAAUUGGAAGAAACACAUUUUAAAAAUUAUUCAUUGGUUUUCGAAUGGCAAGAUUAAUACGUAACGUUAUUUACGUAUUCGUUAUCCUUCAAGAAUCAUAUGUUGCAUCUCAACUUCAGUCUUUUUUGGUGGCACCAGUUGAUGCAGAAGUUGUUGAAGGCCAGAGUAUAAUUUUGCCAUGUCAGGUUUCAAACCCAGUUGGAACAGUUCAAUGGGCUAAAAAUGGCAUUCUAUUAGGUUUUGAUCCACAUAUUCCUGGUUUCCCACGCUAUUCAUUAAUUGGAAAUUUAAGUACUGGGAUAUAUGAUUUGAAAAUAAUAAAUGCAACACUGGAAGAUGAUGAAGAUUUUGAGUGUCAGGUGGGACCAGGGGAAGGGCAGGAAGGUUUUGUAGGGAAAGCACAUCUUACUGUGUUAUUACCACCUACAUCAAUACAAAUUAUUAAUAGACCCAAUGGCUCAUCUGUUCGUGUUAAAGUUUCUGAAAGACUAUCUCUUGAAUGUGAAGUCAAAGGUGGUAAACCAGCUCCUACUGUGAUUUGGACAAGAAAUUCUUUCAAAUUGUCUGAGGAUGACAUAAGUGUAUCAAUUCGAGAUGAAUCUGAGGGACGACAGACAGUUACAUCAACCUUAACUUUAAAUCCGUCACCUGAUGAUCACAAUGCAUAUUAUUCCUGUGAAGCACAAAGUGCAAUUUUGUCAGAAAAAUUAUUAGCUGGUGUAAGUUUGGAUGUCUUAUUUCCUCCUGGAAGACCAACUAUCGAAGGUUACAGAACCAGGGACAAGACACGAGCUGGUGAUACUAUUAAUCUACGAUGCAUAUCUCGAGGUGGCAAUCCAUUGGCUCGUCUUGUCUGGACCAAGAAUGGUGAAUUCAUUGAUCAUUCCUAUUCAACAUCUGACUGGGAAGCUGAAAAUGAAAUAUCUUUUGUGGCCAGCUCUGAUGAUGAUGGAGCUCUUUAUACUUGCACUGCUUCAAGUAUCAUGACUCAAGAACCCAUGACUAAAUCUGUUACAUUAAAAGUGCUCUAUGCUCCUUCAUCUGUAACUAUUAAAGCUCAAAAAGAAGCUAAGCCUGGAGAUGUGGUCAGUGCUACAUGCAAAACAGAACGUAGCAAUCCUGCAUCUGAAAUAACAUGGGUAGUAGAUGGAAUUCCUCUAUUAGGGGAGAGUACAGUGGAAGCCCAAGAAAAGGGAGGAUGGAUCACUGUAUCUAAAAUAAAUGUUAAUGUGACCCAACAGGAUCGAAAUUCAAAACUUUUUACUUGUUAUGCUGUGAAUCAAGAGCUUGGAGAAACUAUCCCUCAAACCUUUUCAGUUAGUAUUUUAUAUGCACCUGAUCCUCCCAAUAUAUUUGGAUAUACAGAAGGAAAUGCAAUUCAAGCUGGCAAGUUACAACGUCUUACAUGCAUUUCUCAGGGAGGAAAUCCAUUACCUGAUCUUAAAUGGUAUAAAGAAAAUGAAGAGGUCAGCAGCUCAGACCAAACAGUGAGUGGAAAUAUUGUAUCCAGAGAAAUAGCCAUUAUUGUUAGUGCAAAUGAUAAUGGUGCAAAAUAUCAUUGCAAAUCAACCAGCAAAGCUUUAGCAGAGCCUUUGGUUGUUACAAUCACUCUCACUGUGUACUUUCCUCCAGUUAGCUUGCAACUUAAACUGAAGCCUAAAAAACCUAAAACUGGAUCUGAGGUCCGUCUUAUUUGUGAAUCCUCCAGCAGUAAUCCAGCUGCUAAUAUAACAUGGUGGAAAGGGAAAAAGAAUGAUAUGCAAUUAACUCCUAUAACUGUUUCUGUAUCCCCUUCUGCAGAAAAUGGAGGUUUCAUUACAAAGGCCACUUUUACUAUGGAAGCAACUCCAGAUGAUGAUGGUUCCAUGUGUACUUGCCAGGCAACUAAUGAAGAGAUUCAACAGAGUGUGCAUGAUACCAUCAUUUUAAAUGUAUUUUAUAAACCAAUUUUUACUAUUUCUGACUUGGUAACAUAUGAAGUAAAGGAAAACGAUUCAAAAGUGGUUGACAUGAAUGCUAAAGCCAAUCCCGAUAAAAUAACAUAUCAAUGGAAGAAAGGUGAUGAAGUCAUUGAAGAAGGCCCUGUGCUUAAUAUCACUUCUGCAGAAAGAUCUCAUUCUGGUGCAUAUUUGUGUGUAGCUUCAAAUGAUAUUGGAGAAUCUACUAUUACUAUAAUUCUUAAAGUAUUAUAUCCUGCAGUUAUUUUGAAGCUUAUAGAUGAAAAAGAAGAGAAAAUCAUCAUUGCAGAGCCUGAGUCUAAUGUAAAAUUGGAGUGUUCUGCAGAUGGCUAUCCUUUGACAACAGAUACCAUAAAAUGGAAAAAUAUUCCAAACAGAGCUGAGGUAAUCGCAAGUAGUAAUGGAAAAUCUAUUCUGAGUGUGAAGAAUGUGACUCAAGAUAUUUCUGGUUCUUUUACCUGCACAGCUGACAAUGGCAUAGGAUCAGCUGAUACUUGGAAGAUAAUUUUACUUGUUAAACAUGAACCAGUUAUCAAGAGUGCUGAAAAUAGUACUGUAUUCAGUGAUCGUGGCGUAACUGCCAAAUUAUAUUGUACAGCUGAAGGAAUUCCUGAUGUAACAUUUUCUUGGACUUAUGAAGGAGUGGUUAUAUCUGAUGAGAAUUCACGAUUUAAGAAUGAUAUUGUUAAACUAGACCAUACUACCUGGCAAGGUAUCUUAACAAUAAAGGAUGUUGAAGCAAAGGACUUUGGAGAGUAUAUAUGUGUUGCCAGGAAUGAAAUUGGAUUUGAAACAUUUAAAGUUUCUUUUCUUCCAGAUAGUACUCCUGAUCCACCCAUCAUUGUACGGAUUCUGAAUACUUCCAAAAAUGGCCUUUUAGUGACUUGGGUUCCUGGUUUUGAUGGAGGUCAUAACCAAACUCAUUGUAUCCGUUUUAAAUCUGUUAUAGAUCCUGCUUAUUCAUAUAUCGAUGUUCAUCCUCCUGCCACUAAUUCUGUAUGGGUUUCUGGACUCAAAUCAGGACUCGAAUAUGAAGUGGCAAUGAAGUCUGUUAACGUAAAGGGUUCAAGUCCUUACACAACAGCAAUAGUUAAAGCAAUGACUUUAGAUUCCAAAGAUUUUAAGGAUGUUUCAAGACAAGACCGUGACUUAAAUAUAAGCUUUAUGGAGGUAUUAGCUGGUAGUAUAGGAACAGUGUUUUUUCUAUUGCUGAUUUUUAAUAUUGUGCUUCUAGCAUUGUAUUAUCAUAAGAAAGACCAUAAAAUGAAAAGAAAAUAUUCAGAUGCAUACAUGUCAAGCUCAUCUGAUAUAGACAGUUAUUCAAAACCUGAAUCUGAAGAAACAACGUUUACAGAAUAUUCAUCUGAUACUUUAAAAGGCAAUACUAUAUCAUAUGAUACUAUAUCUGUUCAUGAUUCAGAUACGAAAUCCGAUUCAUACUCUUCUUCUGAUGAAAUAGAAACUUCAACAUCAUCAGGCGCGCCCUCUACAGUAAGAUACAAUCAACCACAACAUGUUUAUAGUGAUUUUAUUUAAAUUAUGUCACGUUUUAAACCGCAUACCAGGCUGCUCAUCAAUUUCGAUAUUAAAAUUUUAUUUUUCCCAUUUCAUUUAUUUAAAAAAAGAUAUGUCUUUUCUAUUACAAUCAAUACUGUUAUCGUUUGAAUGUCCCGUUUUUAAA